AUGGGAGACUAUUCAUGCGUUCCUGGUUCAAGCAAGAUUUCAGAGUUGUCAACGAGUCUCGCCAGUAAUAAGAUGAAAAAUUGUUCUUUAGUUGCCUCUUCUUCAAGGCCCAUAUCAGAAAAGAUGGUCAAGCGUAUGAUACCAAUGAAGCAUCUAGGCCUGGAGGGGGGACCCACUGGCAGGGUACUUAUGUUUUUACUUAAAGUUGCUGCUCUGGAGGUUGUGCGGAGGGUCUCAGAAGUGAAGUGCCCACUGGUCUGGAGGGUCCUUCAGGGAUUUCAAUUUCUCGGCUAUGUACCGCUUAAAUGGCUUCAGAGGUGGUCACCGAUCAGAAACACGGCUAGACUAAUGCAGGUUAGACUGAUAUGCUCCUUCAUUUCUCACGUUGCAUGGUUACUUUAAUAUUCUAAAACAGGUUAAAGAAAGAGAAUAAAGUUCUGCAUAGUUCUCCUCGCUGUUACCUCUAUGCAUUGUUGAACACUUGUUAACCACUAGUCCUUUUUUUGUAUAUGAACACCCGAUUACUUGCUAAUUGACACCCAUAAAUUUUAUGCAUCGACAAAUGAGAGGUUAGGAGAUCUAGUAAAUGGCCAGAAGGAAAAAAAUAAAAUAGCUCUCACCAAAUCUGUAUGACGACUUCAAGCAGACUGUGACUCAUGUUUGAGUGGGCAGAAGGAGUGAAAAGAAGAGAAGAUAAUGCGCAUAUAUUUUAGCAUAGAUCCUAGUUUCAUGUAUUUAUGUAGAAGUACAAUUUGGAGAACACGUCUGAAACUUCAAAUCAGCCAUGUAGCAGUGAGCUGUGUGCAUGUGUGCGUAUGUGUGUGCGUGCACACGGGCUGUUGCUUGUUUGUAGGGUUUUUGAACGUGACUGUUAUUGGAGCUGUAAAGAAAGAAGCUUGCAAAGUAGUCCGAAAAUUUUGUGCAAGACUAUAGCCAACUUCUUGACAUCUCUUGCAGGGUUUUAACUGCUAGUCUUCAGCAUCAACAUCAGUAGAGGCAUGUAGAUGGAAAGACCAUGUACUCAUUCGUCAAUACCAUAAUAUAUGGUUUUCAGUACGAGACAAGGAAUGAAAGUGGAAAAUAGACUUUUUUCCAAGCAUGAAGAAGCUUUGUUGGCUGGAUACGCACACAUACACCUAAUCUUUUAAUUUUAUGAUACUUUGAGAAAAUUAGUCAUGCGAGAUACUUCACUAUUUCUUCACCACCAGAUAAUUUUCUCAGGAAUAUGCAUGGCGUCUGUUUUUCUUACAAGUGAAAAAGUGUGACAUGACUUUAUCUUGACUUUAUUUCUUAUUUGCAGACAAUUUCAAGACCGUUAUUGUUUCUUUCCAUUACAACGUCUAUCUCUGAUUGUUUUGAGAAUUCCAAGGCUAGGCUUGACAACGAGGAUGAUCAGCAACAACAUUCUGAAACACCUGCCGUGGAGUCUGCUCCUAAUCUUGGGUUUGUUCCUGGAAGAAUUCUAUUUAAUACGUUUAUAUCUCUAUUGCUUGUAUUUUGGCUUGGAAUGGAAAACCAGCUACCAGGUGCUUUCAAGUCAUUGACAGUCUCUAUGACUUAAGGAUGGCAUAAAAGUACAGAUAAAUCGUGUCACCAUGCCUUCAUCUCUACUGAGGCACUUAUUCGGGGUUAUUCAGGUGUCCUCAAUGCAUCUAUAAGUAUUGUAUGAUUUCAGUGUUCUCAUGCAAUUGUUUGUGCUGAGUAAAUCAGACUAACUAGGAUCUACGGACGGAUGAACCUCUUAUGUUUAGUUAAAGGGAUUCGAUAUUUAAUAGAUUUUCAAAUAGAAAUCUGUAAAUUAAACAUUACUACGAAGCCAAUAAUUAAGAUCUGAAGGAUCAUCACGGUGUUAUUGCUUUUUGGUAGUAUAAAAAGCACUAAUAUCCUAAACGUUCCCACUGGCGUGGUAAAUUGGCGUAUAUAUUCUAUAUAUAAUAACGUGUUCACUAUAUUCUUAGCACUAUUUAAGAGCAGAUUUACUUUUUAAGAGAACAAGAACGCAUCCUCUUAAACAUCUAAUUUAUAUUUUUGGUUUUUAAUCUCUAAUUAAGAUUUUUUAUUCGUCUGUUACCGCUUUAUUUAGAUUCUCAACAAUAUCGCAGUUUUUUAACAUGUUGAUGUUUUUUAAGUCCCUUGUUAUUGUGUUUUUUAUUGUUCCUUCAGGGAAUCUGAGGAAGCUGAGGAAAAUAUUGUAUCUGAGAACUGGCUUGCUCAACUUCACAAUGAUCUUGAGAAGCAGGGAAUUAUUUUACCCCAGAGGUAAUCACUUGCUUCCUAUCCAGAUCUUAUUUCUAGUCAAAUAAAUCGGAUAUCUUGUUCCCAAUAGGUCUAGAAUGUGUUUUUAUAUAUAGUUAUAUUGUCCUUGUGGAAUCGUGCCUAGUUCCCCUGACGUGUGGGUGGGUGUGUGCUUGAUGUUGUGUAAAGCCAUAAAUCAUAAGGAAUGAAUGGGCCAAGCGACCUUAAAAAUAGUACUCUAGUUUUCCAUUUUAGGCUUGGUUUCAUUGCCUUGUUUAUAUGGUGCCAUCGUUUAAUAAUCACAAAGCCACUGAGAGAAAUCGGUUUUGAUAUCUUGGUCUGCAUCGCUUGAGGAUUGCGUUUGAUUUAGAUAGUAAGCAAAUGAGGUGAAUGCAGGAUUGAUGAUGACGAACUGGGUAGAUUCCACGCCGCAGCAAACGGUGAUUUUUCAUUCUUAGUGAAGUCGAUUCGGAAGACCAUACGCUGGAGGGAGACGUACGCUAUUCUCUCUCCCCAACAGCUCGAACCAUGGUCGCACCUGGUGUUUUGGCAUGGAUAUGAUGUGAAGCUACGGCCCUGCCUUGUUAUUCGCCUUGGACUAGCUUGUACUAGUUUACCGCCUCCAGAGAGGCCCCGCUUCACUCAGGCAGUUGGUACGUGUUCCACCCUUCUCUCUGAGAAAUUUCUAUCCUUGACUGAUCACGCCCUUCAUGGAUGGGUUUCUUCUCUGGGUUUUUCCUUGAUACUCCGUUUGAAAGAGAGCCCCUGGUUUUUUUUUUUUUUUUGCCUUAAUGUGGUAUCUAAUGUGAUUACGCAAAGUCAGGUACUAGUCUUUAUUUUUUAUUUUAUUCUGCCUUUUUAGAAAAUGAUUAUAUAUUUAGGGUGUUUCAUUCUCUUCCAUGCUUCUGAAAUGUAGAAAUUGCAUGGUCCUCCUCCCCCCUCGCCUCAUUUUUCCCUUCUAUUUUUGGAAAAUCUUGGAGAUAUAACCACAUUUGGUUGACCGACAACUUUUGACUAUAUACAUACAUACACUCGUAUAUAUAUAUAUAUAUAUAUAUAUAUAUAUAUGAAACCAAAUUGUGCAUUAUCAUAUCGGAAUUUGACGUAGCAGCCCCCUGCUGGACCUGGCAGUCUCGCAGGUGGAGCACGGGGUCCUGUUUCUGCUCAACAAAGACGACCCGCGGAUCACGGUCUUGAUGGACUGCGCGGGCCUAUCCCCAGUGAGAAUUCCGAUGAACAUGAUGAGGUCCUGCUCCGCCGUCAUGCAAGAUCACUACCCCAAUCGCCUGUCGACCCUCUACGUCACCAGACUCCCCCCGGUGGUCCGGGUCCUGGCGCAGACGCUCAUCCAAGUAAAUAAAAGAAUAAAAAAAAGCAAUCCCCACCCCCACCUGCUUAUAGCUAGCUAGCUGGCUCGAAUAUGUUUAUCUUGUGCAUGUCAUUCAAUCAGCUGCCUGCUUGAUGCCCACUUUCCAUGGCCGCGGGUCUGUCCAGGUCUUGAGGCCGACGACGCGAGAGAAGCUGCGGGUCCUGGGAGAAGCGAACCAGAAGGCCAUUCUCGCCGAGGCCCUCCAGGCGGUGCCGUCGUUCCUCGGCGGCCGGUGCGGGUGCAACAAGUGCGAGACCCUUCGCGCCCCCGGUGGUUGCGGUGGGCGGCGGGGGAUGCCCGCCGGCGGCAGGGAGGCGGAGGAUGAUGAUGAUGAUGAGGAGGAGGAGGAGGAGGAGGAGGAGGAGGUCGGGGGUCUUCCCCUGGUCGCCACCGACGGCGCGACCUUCGAGCAGGUGGCGAGGACGGCGGUGGUGGGCAUCCUGAUGCUGUGGAUCUUCCUGGCGUACCUGGUCGGAAUGAACGACACCGGCGGAGGAGAGGGAGGGACCCCCUUGCUGUUCUCCUGA